UUUCGCUAUGUUCUGUAUUUGCAGGUGUGUUCCGUAUGGAGCCAUAAACAUUUUGAGAAAAUUGCCGGUGACAAUUGUACAAUACAAAAACUGGAGUACACCGUGCCUUACGUUGCAGACAUACGGGGUCAACUUCUGACAUACAUUUUACCAAGUAAGGGGCCGGAUAGCGUAUUGGAAGUUACACUAGAUGGAGUCCCUACUGAAGUUCACGAAAAUUUGCCGGAUCAUUUUAAUGUGGCCUUCCGUUGGCGGAAAGAGAACCAUGUACUGGUCCUUCGUAAAAUUUCAUUGGUUGCAGAAGAUUUCUACAUGGAAUGGAAAGAAAAUACGACAGACGUGAGGGAAUUUACGUACCCAGAAUGCAGUUACCAAGGUUACAUAGCCGGUAUGGAGUCUUCCUAUGCAGCCAUUACGGUUUGUGAUGGAUUGAAAGGUUUCAUGCGGACCAACGAUGAGGAUGUCUACAUUGAACCAGUCAACAGCGAAACGCAGGUUGCAAAGAAGGGACGGCCACAUUUCAUCUACUCAUGUAAGGAAUCUCACCAUCAGAAGAAGGCUGUGGAGACCAAUGAUGAAGACCUUCGAAAUACACAUAUCAAAAGAAGUAGGCACUAUAAGAUGAAAACCCAGAGACAGCACCAUCUACGGCAACAUCGUGUACGAAGGGACAUACCCGUUAACUAUUACCUCGAAGUUUUGUUGGCUACCGAUAACACUUUGGUAAAGUUCCACGGUAAGAGCCACCUGGAGCAGUACUUGUUGGGAAUUAUAAACAUCAUGAACGCUGUCUACCAACACGGUUCUUUAGGAAUGAAAAUUGAAGUUGUCCUUAAAAGAAUUGUUGUCUUGGAGGAUCGGCAGACUAGAGACAUCAUAAGCGAGGGAAACGCUCAGGCGACACUCGACCGCUUCUGUCAGUGGUCCACCAAGAAAUAUCAUGAGAACCGUGGAACUGACACCAGUUACGAUCUAGCAAUUUUCAUAACCAAGAGAAAUAUUGGACCUGCUGGUUAUGCUCCAGUUACUGGUAUGUGUAGACCUCACAGAAGCUGUUCCAUCAACAAAGAUGACGGCUUAACGUCUGCUUUUAUCGUGUCUCAUGAAGCUGCGCAUGUUUUGGUGGCCCACGAUGGUCAGGGUAAUCAUUGCUACGGUACCAAGUACCAUGGGAGCAUCAUGGCACCAAUGGUGGAGUCAACCUUUGACACAUACUACUGGUCGGACUGCAGUGCAGCCAGAAUGAGAUAUUUCGCUUACCACUUAACCUGUCUCCGAAACAACCCAAAGCGCCGUAGCUGGCCCUCAAUGGCCACACCAAUUGGUGUCGGCUGGACUUUGGAUGCCCAGUGCAGACAAGAAUUUGGUGAAGGCUUCCGUGUCUGUGGAGGGUUUCGACAGCUUGAUCCUUGCACCCGUCUAUGGUGCAGUCAUCAGAGCACUAUGCACAUGUGCAGAACCAAAAAUGGUCCACCACUAGAAGGUUCGAAGUGCGGAUUCGGUCAGUGGUGCCUCGGUGGAGCCUGCCAGUACAAAAGCAACCUAAUCCCGAUCGAUGGAGCGUGGGGUUCUUGGAGCAACUGGGGCCAGUGUUCUGUCAGCUGUGGAUUCGGGGCGCGUUUCAGGCAGCGCAAAUGUAACAACCCCAGCCCAGCGUUUAAGGGAAAGGAAUGUGAAGGUCGCCUUGAAGAAUUCAAGAUUUGCAAAACGGACGUGUGUGUAAACAGCAGAGACAUGAGAGCUGAACAAUGUGCACUUUUCGAUGGCUAUGUGAUUGGAAACAACCAGCAUACGUGGAGACCAACACAACUCGGAAACGGUAGGAUAUUUUGUGCGUUUAUUACACCCAGAAUACUUAGUGAAAAGACGAAGU